GAAAACAUAAACCUCUCAAGUAACAAGUAGAGAGAGGUUGAAAAGAUUAAUGAGCAAGACCUUGGUGGGCGAUAGCAUCCAACCGUUAGAAGCAGAAAGAUCCCUCCCUUGUUUACCCCAAAUUAAACCAAGCCCAAAAAUGAAAAGUCCCAAGUUAAUAAAUCUCUUCAAUGUUUCAAAUUUUCUCUGAUUUUCUUUCCCUUUUAGAUCUCUUCUUGCUCCGGCUUAUCUCAUAAAAAAAAAACAUGCUGCCCAAAUAUACACAUGGGUUUUGGGUUGGACUAAAGGAAGAUCAAAGCAAGACAUGAAUUGGGAAAUUCUUGUUUUUUCCUUUUUCUUUACGUUUUAAGGUUGUUUUAGGGUUUCGAUAUGGCUACUACAGAAGCUUUAUAUUUGAUUCCUGCUUCUGUUCUGCGUAAUCUCUCUGAUAAGUUGUACGAGAAGCGCAAAAAUGCCGCACUUGAGUUGGAAGGGACAGUGAAGCAAUUGGCAGUAGCUGGUGAUCACGACAAGAUCACUGCAGUUAUCAAUUUGUUGACCCAGGAGUAUACAUAUUCCCCUCAGGCUAAUCACCGGAAAGGAGGGUUGAUCGGAUUGGCUGCUGUAACUGUUGGUUUGACUUCAGAAGCAGCUCAACAUCUUGAGCAAAUUGUGCCGCCAGUCUUAAAUUCCUUCUCGGAUCAAGAUAGCAGAGUUCGUUAUUAUGCAUGUGAAGCUCUGUAUAAUAUAGCAAAGGUCGUAAGAGGAGAUUUCAUUGUGUUCUUCAACCAGAUCUUUGAUGCGUUAUGUAAGCUUUCAGCAGACUCAGAUGCUAAUGUGCAAAGUGCUGCUCAUCUUUUAGAUAGGCUUGUGAAGGACAUUGUCACAGAGAGUGAUCAAUUCAGCAUUGAAGAAUUUAUUCCAUUGUUGAGAGAACGUAUGAAUGUCCUCAAUCCUUAUGUUCGCCAAUUUCUCGUUGGGUGGAUCACAGUUUUAGACAGUGUUCCAGAUAUAGAUAUGCUUGGUUUUCUUCCUGAUUUUCUUGAUGGAUUAUUUAAUAUGCUGAGUGAUAAUAGCCAUGAAAUUAGACAACAGGCUGAUUCUGCACUCUCUGAGUUUUUGCAAGAGAUUAAGAAUUCUCCAUCUGUAGAUUAUGGUCGCAUGGCAGAAAUACUGGUACAAAGGGCAGGCUCGCAGGAUGAAUUUACUCGGCUGACUGCUAUAACUUGGAUAAAUGAGUUUGUGAAACUUGGUGGAGAUCAGCUUGUGCCUUAUUAUGCUGACAUUCUGGGAGCAAUUUUGCCCUGUAUAUCUGAUAAGGAAGAGAAAAUAAGCGUUGUUGCUCGUGAAACAAAUGAAGAGCUUCGAGGAAUUGAGGCUGAUCCAGCCGAGGGAUUUGAUGUAGGAGCAAUCCUCUCCAUUGCUAGGAGGCAGAUGUCCAGUGAAUGGGAGGCAACACGUAUUGAAGCAUUGCAUUGGAUGUCAAUCCUGUUAAAUAGACAUCGCUCGGAGGUCUUAGUUUUUCUUAACGAUAUCCUUGAUACUCUUCUAAAGGCGCUAUCUGACCCCUCCGAUGAGGUAGUGCUUUUGGUGCUCGAGGUGCAUGCAUGUAUAGCUGAAGACCCUCAACACUUCUGCCAGCUUGUUGUGUUCCUGGUUCACAACUUUCAGCUUGAUCACUCACUCCUGGAAAAACGUGGAGCUUUGAUAAUUCGUCGGCUGUGUGUCCUUCUAGAUGCUGAAAGAGUUUACCGUGAACUGUCUACCAUACUUGAAGGGGAAUCAGAUUUGGAUUUUGCAUCUAUCAUGGUUCAGGCCUUAAACUUGAUUUUGCUUACUGCUUCUGAGUUGUCUGACCUUCGAGAUCUUCUUAAACAAUCGCUGGUCAAUGCUGAUGGGAAGAACUUUUUUCUUUCCUUGUAUGCAUCAUGGUGCCAUUCUCCAAUGGCAAUAAUUAGCCUCUGCCUGUUAGCUCAGGCAUAUCAACAUGCAAGUUCUGUUAUCCAUCUGUUGGUUGAGGAAGACAUCAAUGUGAAGUUCUUAGUCCAACUGGAUAAGUUGAUCCACCUUCUGGAAACUCCAACCUUUGCUUACCUUAGGCUGCAGCUUCUUGAACCUGGAAGAUACAUAUGGUUGUUAAAGGCUUUAUAUGGUCUGCUGAUGCUGCUACCCCAGCAAAGUGCAGCCUUUAAGAUUCUCCGCACUCGUUUGAAAACUGUGCCUUCAUACUCCUUCAAGGAAGAGAGUUUUCGGAGAACAGCUGGGAUUCCAUAUUCUCAAUUUAAUUAUGGGGCAGGAGGAGGGUCACAAAUCUUUGAGGAGGGAGACCUGAAUGAAAAUUCAAAUUCGCUCGACAUGCAUAAUGGGAUAAACUUUGCCUCAAAGCUGCAGCAGUUUCAGCAAAUUCAGAAGCAACAUCAUUUGCAUUCAAAGUCACAGACUCAAUCACGUUUUGUUUCCACUUCAUCUGCGAAGGAUGUACAAAUAGCAGAAGAAUCAAAGCGUCCUGCAGACUUGAGUAGGCCCCCUUCAAGAUCAUCUUGUAGAGGCUUGGGACAAUUGCAACUCUGACUCUGCUGAUUAUAUGGGUGAUCAUAGUAUUCUUGAAGUUGUAAAUUAUCCUAAUAGCAUGUGAGGGAAGAGAUGGGAGGGGGUAUUAAUUCAUAUUAUAUAUAUAUAUAUAUAUAUAUAUAUAUAUAUAUAUAUAUAUAUAUAUAUCCUAGCAAUCUCCUUUUUCUUUUCGAAGGAUAUUUAGGGAAGCAUUUUGUCUAUGUGGUUCUAUUAUUUUUGUUGAAUACCAUAUGGGCAAAACUUGUAGGUUUGUAGGAUAUAUAUAUGUUGUAUAUGAACAGUUCGUUUUAUUCAUUCUUCUUCUGUUAUUAUGGUUUUAAUAGAAAUAUUUAA